AUGGACACAGCGGAUUCAGGAAACACCUCCGAUGCCGAAGACCAGACUAAAACAUGGGGAUCCGAUGUUGGACCGAUAGUCCAAACAGCUGGUAAUGCUGGCAGCUCCCUUCCUCAAAGUGACUGCGGGAUCGGACACCGUGUCGUAGCCAGUCGCUCGGUCCUGGCGUUGGUCAUUGACGAAGAGUGCGUCUUCGCCGGCCUGCAAGGAGGCGACAUUGUCGCGUGGUCUCUCGAGACAUACGAUCUUGUCUUAUCCGUUCAUGCUCACAAGGAGAGUGUCCUAGGACUCUAUCUGUCCGAUGACGGCAACUUGCUGUUUUCCAGCGGCGGUGACUCUGUGAUUAAUGUCUGGUCGACAAGAACAUUUGAGCGCCUCUACUCCAUCUACUCACACCAUGAUGUGGGUGAUAUUUUCACGGUGGUGUAUUCCACCAUGAACCAAACAAUUUACUGCGGUGCCCAAAACACCAGCAUUCAGUGGUGUGAUCUGUCCGAGGAGGGCUCUGCCUUCAACCAGGCUUCCUCCGCCCACCUGUCCAGACGAACACAUCGUUUCUUUGAUUCCAAGGGCCCCGAUGGAUCCCGUGCUCCGGGUUCAUCAGAUGGCUCCCAGUCAGUCUCGGAAGGCGGCCGCAUCUUGACUUUCAAACGCGAUCAUCAUAAGCUGUUCGCUCACCAUGGCUAUGUCUAUUCCAUGUUGCUCGUGAAGGGGCUGAUCGAGUCGGCACCGUCAGAAGAGGCCCUGCUGACGGGUGCGGGCGACGGCGUUGUAAAGGUUUGGCGCCUCGGUCAAAAGCCCGGGGCUGUUCCGACUCAAAUCGCUAAGCUUCAGAAUGGAGACUCGGUGCUCUCCAUUGCCGUAGAAGGCUCGUUGCUCUACUGUGGCCUCGCGGGCGGCGCUCUCAACAUUUGGAAUCUUGACUCCCACCAGCUGGUCAAACGGAUUGCUCGACACACUGGUGACCUCUGGGCAGUCGAUGUCAUUGGAGGCGUUGCGAUCUGUGGAGACUCGACGGGAACAGUAAAGAAAUUUAAUUCACGAUUCGAAGAGGUCGGCGGUUGGGUUGCACACGAGGGCACCAUGCUCGCCUCUGCCGCAGGCCGAUCCAAGGAUCGGCACAUAUACGCUACCGGUGGCAAUGACAAUACCGUUGGAAUCUGGGACCUAACAGAGUUCUUCCUCACACAGGACGAGUUGCCCCCUAUCAGCAAUGAUGAAAUGGUCAACAGCCUUGCUAAAUUUGUCUCAUUCAAAACUAUCUCUGCAAGCCCCAAGUUCUCUGGAGAAUGCAAUCAGGGAGCUGCUUUCCUGCGCCGGCACUGCAACUAUCUUGGUGCAAAGACAAAACUCUUGCCCACGGGGCAGGAUACCAACCCUAUAGUAUAUGCUAGAUUCAACGCUACAUCGCCCGACGAGGUUGAGAAGACGAUUCUCUUUUAUGGCCACUACGACGUCGUCGGUGCUGAUACCAACCAGCUCAAGUGGAAGUCCGAUCCGUACCAACUCACUUCGAUCAAUGGGUUCCUCUACGGCCGUGGUGUUUCCGAUAACAAAGGUCCGAUACUAGCUUCACUGUAUGCCGCCGCGGAUCUUGCCCGCACGAAGUCCUUGCGCUGCAAUGUUGUGUUUUUGAUUGAGGGCGAGGAAGAAUCUGGAUCUCAGGGAUUCCAUGAGACGGUGCGAGAGUACAAGGAUGAGAUCGGUCCAGUAGACUGGAUCCUGCUGGCCAACAGUUACUGGCUCGAUGACUAUAAUCCUUGUUUGACGUACGGACUCCGUGGAGUGGUACAUGCCAACUUGGUCGUGACGAGUGAUUAUCCCGACCUACACAGCGGUAUCGACGGUAGUGCGUUACUGGACGAACCGGUCAAAGAUCUUUCGCUGCUUUUGUCGACCAUGGUCGGACGCAAGGGCCGUAUCAACCUACCGGGCUUCCAUGACGCCGUUCGCCCUCUCUCAGAUGCGGAACAGAAACGGUUCGAGGCUAUUGCCGACGUUCUACUGCCCCAUCACCCAGAGAUUUCCGAUAGCCAGGCCCUGAUCAAAUCUUUGAUGUACCGAUGGCGCGAGCCUUCAUUGACCAUCCACUCGAUGGAGGUCCCAGGAAAGAGCGGAGCCACGACUAUUGCGCGGCGAGCCAAGGCGAGCCUCUCCAUCCGUAUUGUGCCUGAUCAGCAGGCAGACGAGAUUGCGGCAAACCUGACAGCGUACGCGCAAGAGCAAUUUGACCUGCUCGAGUCACAGAAUGAUCUGACCGUGGAAAUAACUGGCAAGUCAGAUGCGUGGCUUGGAGAUCCCGAUAAUCAAAUUUUCGCAACCCUCUCACAAGCGAUCACGGCCGCAUGGACGCCGGACCAGGAGACCUCCAAGCACCAGUACCCAGCCCUUCCUUCAGACACCAAGGGUCGUGCUCCCGCGGCAUCGAAACCGGCUGCACCUGGUCAAGGGCUUCUGCGCAAGGACUCAAGUGAUAGUCUCGCAUCGCACGUCGAUCGGGUCAUUUCCUCCACAACCACCUCCUCGGCCGGGAAAGCGGGCACGCGCAAUCGAUCCACACCGUCAACGGCUCCCAUCCCAACAUCUUCAACCCUCACCAAAGCCGGUACAUCUGACGAACCGGCCGCGCUACCGGUCCGGGUAAAAUCCGACCUGCAGCUCGAUAGUGCCCGACCCAUGGCCGGAACAAAGUCAUCGUCAGCUUCGGCUGUCAAACCUAUUUUCAUCCGUGAGGGCGGGUCCAUUCCGACGAUCCGGUUCUUGGAAAAGGAGUUUUCAGCACCCGCAGCUAAUUUGCCAUGUGGCCAGGCCAGCGACAAUGCACACCUGGACAACGAGCGGAUGCGAGUCGAGAAUCUGUACAAGAGUCGAGAAAUCUUCCGAUUUGUAUUUGCGAACCUGGUGGAUAAGACGUGA